GAUGACAUUGUGGCAAUUUCAGCUUGUGUGUAGCACAAAAUAUUCAUAUACACACAAACUCGUACUCUGUGUGGAGACAAUUCCUUGGUGAAAUGGAGUGUCGUGCAUCUGGAUUGCCUGUCAACACUUCGAGUAGAACCAGCUCAGAGGAGGAGUUACUUUUAGAUGAGCAAUCCCAGCUGAGCUUGGAUGAGGUCUAUGAUCAAUUGGAGCAGAUGAAGCAGCGUGCCAAGAGUCUGCGACAACUCUUGAUCAGAGAGCGACCCAAAACCGCAGAGUAUGUCAAAUGCCUGGAGGUAAUCGAGAAAAAGGGUUCUCGGAAUGCAGAAGUGAGAGCGGUACAACUGCAGACAGCGGAUUUGGUGAAUCAGGUGGCAACCCUGGCACGUCGACUCAAGCACGAAAGGCUGCAGGGAAAUAACCUCGAGUGCUACUUGCAACAGAAUCGCAUGAAGACAGACAAGCUUUAUUCCCGCAUGGAGAAGUUGCAGAAGUGGCCGGAGAAGCUGGAGAAUCAGACUGCAAUGUGCCUGGAUCGCUAUCAGGAACUCAGCAUCAGCUGCAUCGACUUGACCGAGUUUAGUUCCUUUAUAAGACGCAUCUAUGAAUCAUUUACCCAUACGGCUAGAAAUAAGACUCCACUUGGCUGUUACCAGGUGGUUCAUCACAAUGUGGCCAAGCGACUGGAGAACAUGUGGCAAAUGAUGCAUGCCGCAUUCAAAUACCUGCUUAGGAACAGCAACGAGCUAACUUUGGCAUUGAAUAAACACAGACAUCUUGAGCACUUUUCACUUGCAGCCAGAUCUAUGCCCCAAUCCACAGUGAGUCAAUAUGAAUCGGAUGAGGACAGCACGGAAAGCAGCUCCCUCCUGCUCCCUCUCUAGGGUAUGCUGCCACAUGCAAAUACAAUAACUACAAUUGCGGAUAAUUACAAAUGCACACACAACAACCACACAACCACACAAACCACAAAUUAUUGUUAUUUCAAGUGGAGUCUGCACCACAUCCGGUGAGCUUGUUGCUUAGUUUGCGCUUUGAUUUUCAAUUUGUGGCAAACUGUUCGGAUAAAAAUGUUGCAUUUGAAUAAACAAUUGUCACGCUAAUUGCACCAUAA